UGUCAUGUUAGCAGCAGUGGCGCCGCUCUGAAGCCAUUCAGUGACAUGUGAUAUUUAUAGAUCUGUGCUAACAAAUAUUUAAUGAACAUUAGCAAGCAGCUCUUACAUGGCAGCACUGCUCCAAUAAAACACUCUCUCCCAGUUAAAUGAAAACUUUGAUUCCGGCUGUACUGCUGUGAUUAUGAAGUAGAUGCUAUUUUAAAAUAUGGAUAAUUUUACCCUGAGGGAUAAACUUUUUGUUUAGUUUGUAUUAUACUAAUUAAUCUAAAUCUGGUACUUCUGCUACAGAAUACACACAGAAUAUCUGUGAGGUCAUAACUCUAAUUUUAUGCUUUCUUUAUUCCCAUGUUUCAAGUUUUCUGAAUGCUGAAUAGCAGCUUCUAAUGCUAUGCUGCCUCUUUGACCACAUGGGGGCGCUGAUGUACCACAGCCAAUCAAACGUACACAUCAUACGUACUUACGUCACUCCUCCGUCAGCGUCAGCAGUACACGCGCUGUUGUUGUGAUUGACAGACAGGCAGGAGUCAUGUCCAACUUUCGUUUUGCCCUCCGUCACCACAAACACAUGCUUUAACUCUAAACCACCAUGUCAGAGAUCCUAAUGAAGGAAAUGGAGAAUAUACUGAUCAGUCCAAUGAAGCCAGAGGCGCGUGCGGGCGGUGUGCAGAGCUUCCUGCUGGUUGACGAACAAGAAAACCUGCAGGUCCGCAAUGAGUCUCAGUUUCUGGACAGGCUCUGCUGUGGGGACGUGGCAGGCGUCAAAGUCCUCUCCAUCUUUGGGAACACAGGUGACGGCAAGUCACACACCCUCAAUCACAUCCUGUUUGGUGGCGAGACAGUGUUUUAUACCUCCAAGUCCCCCAGUUCCUGCACAGUGGGUGUGUGGGCCGCCUAUGACCCCAACCUCAGCCUUCUCGCCCUGGAUACCGAGGGCCUGCUGGGGGCCGCGGCCAAUCAGAACCAGAGAAUGCGGCUGCUGCUGAAGGUGUUGGCAGUGUCUGAUAUUGUAGUCUAUCGUACACGAGCUGAGCGCCUCCACAAUGAUAUGUUCCAGUUCCUGAGCAGUGCCUCAGGGGCCUACCUGAAGCACUUCACUCCUGAGCUGAGGGCCCUGUCCACCCGCUGCGGUCUGGACGUGCCCCUGUCAUGUCUUGGGCCUGCCGUCAUUGUCUUUCAGGAGACAACGCACACCCAGUUGCUGGGUCAUGACUCUAAGGCAGCCGGCCACGCUGACACGCAGCUCCAGAAACGUUUUCACGACCUGGGUUUGGGGACCGAGGCCUUCAGCUCAAUGCAGUAUGUAGGCACUCAGACCAUCACACCUCCCACCGACUACAACUGUCUGCUGGAGGCUGUCAAGCAGCAAGUAAAGAACACUCACACACGCUCCCCCCGCCAGCCUGGGAUAGUGUUUCAUGCGCUGGAAGCCCUAAGUGAGCGUUUCUGUGGGGAACUGUCAGAUGACAAGAUGACUCUGUACUCCUUCUUCCCCGAUGAGUACUUUACCUGCUCCGCUGUUUGCCUCAGCUGCAACAUUCGCUGUAAAAAUGGAAUGAACCAUCUGAAAGACCGGGUCCCCCACAUGGCAGAUGGUCUGUGCCAGUAUGCACACCAGUUCAACAACAAGGUGCUCAUCUGUAAGAGGUGCUAUGAAGGAGGCAGAGAGAUGAUUGUUGUGCCCAAGACUUCAGCUUCCUCUGACAACCCGUGGUUUGGACUGGCCAAAUAUGCCUGGUCAGGUUAUGUGUUGGAGUGUUCCAGCUGUGGUGUAAUCUACCGCAGCAGACAGUACUGGAUGGGAAACCAGGACCCAGAGAGUGGCGUUGUGCGAUCUGAGGUCAAGCAUGUCUGGGAGGGGUCGGACACCUUCCUGACCAACCACCAAAACGCCGCCCAGAGGGUCCUGGAUGGGAUGAACUGCGUGAUCCAGUCAGUGUCGGAGUACAGCACCGGCCCCACCAAAGCGGUCACUGCCUGGCUCACUGACCAGGUGGCGCCGCCAUACUGGAGACCCAACACAGACAUCACUGCCUGUCAUGGCUGUCAGAAGGUGUUCGAGGAGGCAGAGAGGAAGCACCACUGCCGUUCAUGCGGUGAAGGUUUCUGCCAUCCCUGCUCCAGCCACAGGAUGCCAGUGCCAGAGAGGGGCUGGGGCAGCAGUCCUGUCAGGGUGUGUAAGGCCUGCUACCGCCAGGGAGGGCCAACCGAUACCAACAGCCAGGUGUGUAAGGUGGAGCCUCGUGGUCUAAUAGCUCGCAGGGUGACGGAGGUGGCUCAGUCUACGCUGGACAUGGUCACCACAGCUGUGGACUACCCUAUCUGUUUUGUGAAGGAUGUGGCUCGACCAGACUACUGGGUGCCAGAUCAGGAUAUCACCCAGUGCUACCAGUGCUCCAAAACCUUCACCCCAAUAAUGUCCAAGCACCACUGCAGGGCCUGCGGACAGGGUGUGUGCGGUCCCUGUUCUACACACCUCAAGCCAGUACCCUCCCGAGGCUGGGAUCACCCGGUCAGAGUGUGCGACAGCUGCCACGCCCGCACGGAUAGCCUGUAACCUUUCCUCCCAGGAGAACUACUCCAAAGUGCACUCAGUCUUCCUCAGAUGAUCCACAGAAACACUGUGAAUCCUGGCAGCCUGCAGUGGCUGUAAAGCCCUAAAUGGCUUAACUGGAAUCAGCCUUUAUGAAAGACAGUCUACUCAGAUGCUUAAAAUGGUCACGGUCUGGUUUCCUAAACUUGUUUUUAUCAGUGCUUAACUAGGAUCUUUCGUUUUAUCUGACUUUCUUGACCGACCAAUUCUGCAUCUGUUAUGAGGCAAAAUUCCCAGAUCAGUGAUCACCUUCACUACAGCCCUGCUCCAUCUGUCAAACUUGCACCAAUGGAAAGCUAGACACAUUUUUAACUGUCAGGAAAAACGAAUAUGCUGCCCUCUGCUGUCAUGACAACAGGAGUUUGAACUCUUCUGCAUUAAAGUGUCUACAUCCCUGCACUAAACUGAUAUUUGGGGCCGAAAUGACAGACGAGCCAGGAAACGGAUGCUUGGAGAAUAGUUUGAGAUUUUAAACUAUUUAGAGUAUCAAUUUCAAACCUCCUCUCAAAGUGUAUCGAGACAUUUGAUCCACCUGCAUUAAUUCUUUCAGAAGUGUAUAGGUCGUGCAAGGUGUUUUCUUUUUAAUCCUCCUCAGUCACGAUCUUUCUUUUAAGCAUCUCUGACCUGCAGAUCCUGGAAAGAAGGAGUAUGAAAAUUGUGGGGGGAACUUUGGGAGCAAAACAUAAAGCAUUUCAGACUUUUUAUGGGAAAAUGUAAGUAAGAAAGUGUGCUCCCUGAGUUCUGGAGCACCUAAAGUGUGUUUCGGGGAUAUCCCCCACAUGUGCAAUGAAGAAAUGAGAUUAUUUGUGCCUAAUAUUCGAGAAAUGUGAUUUACGGCCUCGCUUUUAUUACACUUACAGUUGUAUUGUGAAGUGGUAUAGGAAAAUAAAAUCUGUAGCAUAACACAUAGACAUUCCAGUGUAUGAAAAAAUACCUGUGGACUGAUUUAGAUGUCUGAGGUUAUAACUGUAUAACAAGUGGCUGCUGUCUUUAGCCACUGAUGCUUAACAUGAUGAAUACUUGCACUAGACUGGACAACUGGUUUAUUUUGACAUUUGAAAGAUACUCCUGUUAAAUCACUAGCUAAUCGGAUACACAUUGAUGAGAUAUUCCCCCUUCUGUCGUAGGAAGUCUCUUUACAUAACAUACUGGACACAUUAAUGCAGGUUUGCUUUCCGCCUAGUAAUACCUAGUUUACCUGUGAAAUCUAGCAACUGACAAUCUUGAUUUCUUUUCUUUUUCUUAAAUCAGGCUGGUCCAAAUAAAGAUAAUUUUGUGUCACACACUGCCUUCCUCUCUCUCCCUCUCCCUCUUUCUCUAUUUCUUCUCUCUUUAUUCUGCCUUAUUUGUUCUGGUAUUGAACGUUACUGCAAAACACAAAAACAGGAGUGAAAGGGAAAAACAAAAUCCAAAACAGGUGGUACUGGGUGAGCAUGUAAUCCAUAAAUAUGUUGGGUUUUUUUUUUACCUAUCAGGGCAUAUAAAUGCUUUUCUAAUUUAAUCAACACAAUGUUUUAAUAUUACUUAACUUCUGUGAUCUUUUGUGAGCAGAAUAGUGCAAAUGCCUCCUACUGUAUACAGCAUUUAGAAUAUUAUCUUUUUAUUAAACUCAUUGAUG